AUGGCUGAAGUUCUACACUCUCCAACACCAACAUCCCAUUUUUCUUCAUCUACCACUCCUCCUUCUGACACCACCAUUCUCAUUCUCACUACCGACGAAGAACAACAACCACCACUCUCUUCUUCUUCAUCUUCUUCUUUUUCUUCUUUAUCCGUGGCAGUUAACAACAGUUUUUCCACAGUAACCGAAUGUGACGCAGAGGGAAAAAAGACAGAGCAGGAGCUAUCCCUUUUGGCCAUUCUUGUGACCCUUUUAAGGAAAUCCUUAGUUUCUUGCUCCAGUGAUGCUGCUGCCAUGGAAAUCGGUCACCCUACUAACGUGCGCCAUGUUGCUCAUGUUACCUUUGAUAGGUUCAAUGGUUUCUUGGGUUUACCUCUCGAGUUUGAACCUCAACUCCCCACUGUACCUCCUAGUGCAAGUGCAACUGUUUUUGGAGUUUCGACAGAAUCUAUGAAAUUAUCGUAUGAUACAAGAGGGAACAUUGUGCCAACAAUUCUACUACUCAUGCAAAGACACUUGUAUGCUCAAGGAGGAUUACAGGCAGAGGGAAUUUUCAGAAUUAACGCAGGUAAUAAUCGAGAUGAAUAUGUCCGGGAACAAUUGAAUAAGGGAGUGGUUCCUCAAGACGUUGAUGUGCAUUGUUUAGCAGGAUUGAUUAAGGCUUGGUUUAGGGAGCUGCCUAGAGGUAUUCUGGAUUCUUUAUCUCCGGAGCAGGUAAUGCAAUGUCAAACAGAAGAGGAUUGUGCAGAACUGGCGAAUCAGCUGCCUCAUACCGAAGCUUCCCUUUUGGAAUGGACUGUCAAUCUGAUGGCUGAUGUUGUUCAAGAGGAGCCUCUCAAUAAGAUGAAUGCACGCAACGUUGCUAUGGUUUUUGCACCAAACAUGACUCGGAUGGUAGAUCCUUUGACUGCAUUGAUGUAUGCAGUUCAAGUGAUGAACUUCUUGAAGACACUUGUAUCAAGGACAUUAAGGGCAAGAAAGGAAGGAUUCUGA